CGCGGCUGGUUCCUCACUCAAAACAAAAUGGCCGAGUCGUCCUUCAAGGACGUUCCGGAGCUCUUCGAGGUUGAACUCGGAGAGUCGUUAACUGCGCGAACAGAAAGUCUAGCCACAUUCCGCGAACUAGGGCCGCCUGACCUAUGCCACGUCGUCAAGAGCACCGGGCGCACCGGGCAACGCGACGUCGGAUCAUACCACUUCAUCUCGGGCGUCGACGCCUCGUCGUCGGCGUCUCUCGCCGCAUACAUCAACUCCCUCACGUACGAGAUCGAGGACAACUCGGCCUGGUUCUCAAAAGGCGCAGUGUGGAAGGUCAAGAACGGGUGUUUCUGCUGCUUCAACGCGUUCUCGCGCGUGGACAUACGCGUGGACGUCAAGAUCCCCGGCGGUGUGAACGCAUACGUGGUCGAUCUGCGCGGCGAGCGUCACGAAGCGACCCCCGAAAUCUGGCAAGAAACCUACGUCUCCGCCCUCCUCCGUGCCAUCCUCUACUCCGACGACCCCACGUACUGGCUCGACGCCUACCGCAAGCUCGAUCCGAUUACGACCACCGAGGGCGAGCUGCGCUUCCUCCAGGCUUCCGAGGCUCUGUUCAUGAAAGGCUGGCAGGUCGGAUCGGACCCCGAAAUCCAGGUCGCCACGGUCGUCUCGAAUCAUCUUACCGCGGGCAUUUUGAAGUAUUUCGGCGCGAGCGGGCGGUUUCAGCAGGCCGCGAAUCUGUUCGAGAAGCUGUCAUUGAAGGAGCCGGAGGUGGCGUCUCUCCUUGCGAGGAGCUACAUCGGCAUGAACGAAGAAGUCAAGGCCGUGCAGGUGAUGUCGACCGCGAUGAAGUUGACGCCGAACUCGUACACGCUCCUGCACGCGCAGAGCGACUUUCUCCGCUCCAAGGGCAAGCACGAGUGGGCGCUCAAGCUCGCGCGUGAGGCCGUCAACUGCGCGCCGAGCGAGUUCGUGACGUGGGAGAAGCUCACGGAGCUGUACAUCGACGCGAAGGACUACGAAUCCGCCCUCCUGACGCUCAACUCGUGCCCGAUGUUCACAUUCAACGGGCGCGACAUGCACCGCCUCAUGACGCCCGCGCGCGUGCACCUCCCCUUCCGCCGGCAGAUCGGCGACAUUCUCCCCGAGAAGCAGAAAACGGAAGACGACGAGGCGGACCCUGCGCUCCUGCGCCUGCCCGCGCCCGGGCUGCGCGGGACGUGGGCGCGCGCGUACGCGCUGCUGACGCGGCUGGUGUCGGAGAUCGGGUGGGACGAGCUGCUGAAGACGCGGAGCACGGUGUUCGUGAUGGAGGAGGAAUAUAGGAUGGCGAAGAGCCAGCCGGACGUGGGCGCCCUGAUGCAGGAUGCGUCGUCGCCGCCGCCGACGAAUGGGGACGCGCCGACGCAGGUGGUGCAUGAGGACGGGACGGUGGAGCAGAGGUCGGUGGUGCCGAGCGAGGGGACGACGUUGGCUGCGAGGGGGGACGAUGUCGCGGACGAUGAUGCGUCGACGAAGGGGAUGCAUAGUUCGCAUAAUUCGCGGACGAAUGUUGGUGGGGGUGCCGAGGAGGAGGAGGAGGAUUUGCAGGCUGGUGGCGAGGGGGCGAGCGAUGGUGCGACUACGGUCAACGAUGCGGACGGGAAGAGUCUGAAUGGGGUGCCUAACGGUGCGGAUGGGCUGGAGAGGCCUGUGCAGGCUGCGGCGGGCGAGGAGACGGAUGCGGCGCAGGCGGCCAAUGCGGAGGCUUCGUUCUCGUUUGCGAAUAAGCGGUUGUGCGAGCGGUGGCUGGAUAACCUGUUCAUGGUGCUGUACGAAGACCUGCGCGUGUGGACCAUCUUCCGCGCGGAAGUCGCGCACUUCAAGACGCAGCACGUCGCGUACCGCAAGACAGGUCUCGAGUGGGAGAUCCUCGGUGACCUCGCGGUGCGGCUGCACCACAAGGAGGAGGCGAAGGAGGCGUACCAGCGGUGCCUGGACUCGCAGCGGUACUCGCAGAAGCCGUGGGCGAAGUUGCUCGAGACGUACGCGGAGGAGGGCGAUAUCACGCGCACGAUUCAGACGGCCAUUCGGGUGGCGGCGUAUCAGUAUGCGGAUUAUACGGAGAUGACGUAUCCCACGUUGAUCAGCCGAAGCUUCUUCAAGCUCGGGCAGAUCCACGGACACGCCAAGAUCGCGUUUACGCUGCUGAGCAUGGGUCUGCCCGAGCAGAUUAUGAAGAUCAUGAGCAGCUUCCUCGAGUACGGCAAAACGUUCAAGGUCGAGGGAUACGAUUUCUGAGCUGUGGCGGCGGCGUUGUUGAUGAUGAGAGUUUUUCGUUUGCGCUGCUUGAUAAUCUGUUUUGUUUUUACUCUUUUGUUUCAUGGGCCAUCAAGUUUCUGUUCGCCCUUGCAUGCGCCUGGCACUGGUUAGAAGUUUCGCUGCAGUAUACGUUAUUAGGUUUGCCGAGAUUAUAGUUUUGAGUCUGUUCUUGAUCGUGAACAGUGAAAGUAGAGUAGGCUACCCGUUAUGAACUGUCUUACGUACUUGAUUUAUCUUCCUUUUUUC